AGAAAAAUCGAUUAAAUUUGAAGGCUAGGUUCACACAGCGUUAAUAUUUUUCUCGUAUACUCGUAAUUAUAUACGAGAUUAUAUCGUCUACCUACAUGUAUUAGUGACAGCAAAGCUAACGGGGAAAAUUAUCACCGUGUUAUUCUGAAGUAAAUGUUUGCAGUGGGGAGUAGUAAACUAUAGCUGUUUCAUUCAUUUCUCACGGCACGACACUGUGUCACACGGUUUUUCUCGAAUAGUGACCGAAGACGCGCGCACGUUCAGUGACCGAGCGUCUGUUACAAGGAGUGCACGCAGUUUGUGGAGAUUCUCGUCACUUUUCCAAAAUGGCCGACGAGGCAUCCAUCGAUAACGAAACAUUAAUUAGUUUAGUAGAACAAAGUCCCGUAGUGUGGGAUAGAAGUAACGAACUUUAUAAAAAUCGCGUCGCGACUCAAGCGGCUUGGAGGGACAUUAUGAUAGCAUUGGAUCCAACGCUCGAGACAAAGGAUGAAACAACUAGGCAAGCUUUCGCUAAACUAAUUAUUCAGCGGUGGACCUACAUAAGAGAUACUUAUCAUAGAUCAUGUAAAAAGAUACAAGACCAGAAGAGGUCAGGAAGUGGCAGCAAAAUAACGAAGCCCUAUCUGUAUAGUAAACAAUUACGCUUCUUGCAGAAAGUAAUACAUCCCGACCAGCCAAUAACUGUCGUUAAGAUCGAAAGUAACAAUUCGGAAUCCGAUGUCUAUGAUAAUAAUUUGGAUGCAAACGAAACUUGGGAAACAAAUUCCACCGGGACACACGAGCCGCCCUCGUCGUCCAAGUCGACGCCCGAACGUGCGCCGAACACACACACAAAUGCUGAUCUCCCUUCACAUACUAAGAUGAUGAAAAUGGAUACUUAUUUAAAUAAUGAACCGCAAACAAUGAAUCGGCACCUUUCAUUUUUCAACGGGAUAUUACCAGCGUUAGACGAGUUACACGAAGAUGAAGUCCUGGACUUCCAAAUAGGAGUUCUGCACUUACUGAAGAAAAUAAGAAGCUCUCGCCAAAAUCAAAACCCGUAGAAAAUAAUAACACAACAAUCUAUACACGGUGUUUUUUUGCU